UGGCAGAUUUAAAUUGACGGUACGAAGUAGGUCGAAUAUUAAAUAUCCGGAUAUAAUGCCACUUAAGGUUCCAGCUUCAUUUUAUCUGCAUUUUGGAUUGAUACCGAACUCUUUAUCAAUCGGGUCAGACGUAAAUGGUAACAAUAUAUCUAGCGGUGUAGUAGCCAUAUCAGCAAAAUUGCUACUUCAAAAUGUGAAUUUAAUGUGAGAGUAAUAUUGCGUCCUCUAAGAGGCUUUGUUCUGUUUGAGUAAUAUUUUUUUUCUUGAGCAGCAGAGUGGACUUGUUAUAGAUUGUGCUGUUAUAUACCGGACAUUCAAAUUUUGCCUUGAAAUAUUUCAUUUUAUUUCGGUGAAUGAAUAUACAAAUACCAAUAUAACAUGGAAACCAUAUUUUGACUUCACAAUUUACAGAGGAUGAUAUGGCAAAACAUUGAGACUGCUACCAAUUAACAUUGUGUUUACAGAAUACGUACACUGUUCAUUUCAUAAAAUCUUUAAUGCGAUUAUUUAACUUCGUACUUUUACUGCGUGUUACUUGCAUGAAGAUUAUGUACUUAACCCUUUGGAAUUUCUACCAUUAGAAUUUACUGUAUGCCUUGGGAUAAAUGGACAUCUUGGAAUCUACAACUUCACAACGUCACGACGGAAAACUUUAACGUUGCGGUAAAACACGUCACUUGAUACGCUGUGACGUUCAGUAGCUUGCACGAUUAGUGUUAAUAUUGGACAAUAUUAUACCGUACUGAUGGCGGAAGCACGAACAUCGCACGCGCACAAACCUAAGAAGGCAUCAAAAAGGUCCGAGGACAGUGACUCGAGCAUGAGGAAGGACAACACGUGGAACGUCUCGGUGAACACGGACAGGCCAAUCCUGGAGGACGACGCGCAUUUAAAGGUAAGCUAUACGCCCGGCAAAAAGGGCGGCAACUUCGGCCUCCCGCUGGGCGCCAAGCUGAUGGUGCCCGAUGGCGUUUUCAACAAGAAGGACAGCAUCACGUGCGAGGUGGCGCCGCCCGCCCAGAGGUGGAAGUUCACGCCGGUACUUCCGGUGUACGAGCACCUCACCUCGGAGAUAUUCCAGUUCUCCUCCACCGUCGCCAUUCUGAAAAAGGCAGUCGUCAUACAGAUACCUUUUUACGCCAUCGAUACUGAACACUCGGAAAUAAAUGUCAAGGGCAAGUGGAAAGACGAACACGAGUGGGUGAAUGUUGGAUUUUUGAAAAAGGAUGGCAAUAAGGCUCCGUGUGUCGAGCUGGAGAUCGACCGCCUCGGAAUCUUCGUCGUGACUUUCACCCCUAAGAAGGAGGUGUUCGAGGUCACCACCCAGGGCUGCCUCUACAACUCGAGGCUCAGCAAGUAUAUCAGCAUUCGCUUCCCGAAGAAAACCAGCGAUAAGAACUUCCAAUGUACCAUACAGAUAAAUCCAAUUUCCCCAGAAAAGGUACAACUGGCAAAACAAAACUUCCCGCACGAGACGAACGAGUUGCUUGAGACGUCAGAAUUCAUUGACGCACUUCCGGAGUUUCCGUUGACCUUCAAGCGGCCCGUGACGGUGAAACUUCCGCUCCCGGCGAGAUUCGAGGAGAGUGAGGAGAAAAAGACAGACGACAUUGCCGUACUCCAGAAAACCGAGAAGGGUUGGAUUUUCCUGGAUUCGGCCUAUAAAUUCACGAAAACCACAGUGACGUUCGACGUAAAAACGUUAUCAACUUUUUGUGUCGCGCUAUCAAAACCUGAACGCAAAACCGCACUUCACAGAUCCAUAACCGUGCUAGAAGGACGUCUAAGCAAAGAGAUGGGGGAAAUCUUGGUGUUUAUAAGUCUACAGGAAAAGUGCUGGAUUAUUUUGCUAGAACUGUGCUCAAUUUCACGCAAAGAGAGCAAGGUUUCCGAACGAAAGGACAAAGGUUUUUCAUUAAUAGACAAAUCUGUGAUUCAAAAAGAGGACAAUGUCAAACCGUCGGGAGUGCCGUCCCGGCGGCCACCACCGGUUUCGAUUAAGUCAAAAACACCAGAAGUUAAUGGUUUUGAAAUCUUCGACGGAAUGCGCUGGGGUUUUGAUAUAAAAGACGAUAUCCGGUGUAGCUUCGAUAGUGAUUAUAUGGAAAACAAGGAUUUGCAAUUCUUUAAAUACCUACCAGAGAGUUAUAGAAGAUUUGUGAUAGAACCGAAAAACAACGAGGAGAAAGACCUCUUUGGAGUGGUAACUUUCUCGCCGUACGAAACUCCGGGCCAAGAGGCAAAGUUUGCCUCACCGAUGAAAUUCUCGGUGGACAUACCGGAAGACACGGUGCGCGCGUACUUCAAACCGGAAUUCGUACCGGAGGAACCUAAACCUGAGAAAGAGAAACCGAAGUUCAACUUCGACCUGGCGUUAAACAAAGAGGAGAAAAAGGAUGAGCCGUUUAUACCGAAGUUCAAACCAAUCCCACCGACCGUUAUGGAGCGUCUUAUGAGGACAAGCAGAAAACCAAUCAUCUUGGAAAAAGAGUCGAGAAUCCUCUCGGGAAAAAGCCUGAUGACGAUAUCGCGUCUAGUACCGGAAGGACUCACCCUGGCCGUGCAUUUGGACCUUCCGGACAGCACAAUCACCGGCCUGGGAUUCGACGCCAUAUCAAACGGCCUGGGAAUGGUUGACGUUACCUACAAGAUACUGCUCUACUGGAAACGUCAACAGAAGGACAAAAAGGACGGUGCAGUGAACGUCCUGUCGAUGGCGUUACGCGACAUGGGUCGCGGCGACAUCGCGACGGUGAUUCAGGAGAAGCAUCGGGAAAACAAAGACGUUACGUUGGAAUGCUUCGCGCAGUCUUGACGAAGAUGACCACUAUGUUUUUAAUUAGCGGAUGUUAUCCCAUCUAUAGACAUACAUUGUCGAAACUAAUCCCUUGGUAUAAUUUGAGCUGCCAUCAUCAGGCGUACAUUUUCGAAAUAACAUAUCAUAUGUUAAACUUAAAUUUAUUUCGGAAUUGCUGAUAUAACGCUGAAAUGCGAAGUACAAUUACGUUAGUUCGUUGAUAUUCUCGACGUUAUUUGUUAUCAUGUUUUUCCGGACGUUUGACUGUGUUACUGUUCCAAAAAGAUAUUAGAAAAAUAAGAAAAUAAAAUACCAGACAGGUGUCGAAUACCGAUAAGUUUGUUUGCGUGGCACGAACACGUGAACUACAUGCCAGGGUGCUGAUGCAUCGCUUAAUAAACGGGAGGCGGAAAACUACAACGGGCGAGGCAUGGUCAGGGGUGAUAACCCCAAAAAAGGUUAGGGUGAGGGUUAGGGUUAAGGGUCGGGUUAGGGUUAGGGUUGGGUUUAGGCUAACCCAAACCCUAACCCGACCCCUAACACUAACCCUAACCCUAACCCUAACCCUCUAACCCCCCCCCCCCUUGCGCAAUACCAUACCAUGCCUCGCCCGUUGUCGUUUUCCGCCUCCCUAAAUAAACGUAGCUACAUGCACCACUAACCUUGUAUUCAUAUUGUACGAAUACAAUAAACGAAAUAUUCGCAAAACAGAACAAACGUAAAACCAAUCACGUCAAUUCUAAUGAGGUAUGAUAACUAAUGUUAUUUUAUUUCGCAUGGCACACCCAGUACAAAUAUAAACUGCCGGCUUAACGAUGCAUCUGCGUUCGUAACAUUGACCGAUUUAACCUUUUUGGAUUUGUGUUUUAUUUAUAUUCAGUAUUUUGGAACGUUUAUUAAAUGUUCAGAACCAGCAUUUUUAUUUACAACGAUGUCCUAAAAUUGUUUCUAUGUUCACUUCGUUGGCCAUAUGCCCUUUAUUGCAAUAUAUGUACAUCGCUCAUUUACAUCUGCUUCAUUUAACACACUUAUAUCCGUGUUGUAUAAGACUUGUUUGGUUUGACGUGUAUCACCGUGCCAUCAACCAUUAACCCAUUUAUGCCUAGUGGACUCUCCCAUCCUUCUAAAUUGGAUCAAUUUAUUUCCAAAAUUAUGGAUGUCUAGUAUAUUUAUAUCUAUAUUUAGAAUAUUUUUACAGAAAUUCCUUUAAGCAAACAGCGCAGACCCUGGUGAGACGCCGCAUCAUGCGGCGUCUCAUCUGGGUCUACGCUGUUUGCUAAGGCCUUUUUUCUAGACGCUAGACAUUAAUGGGUAAAACUGCCGCUCAUUUUCAUCCGCUGUGACCGCAAAAGCCUCCUCCUGUUUGAAUACAUCGAUGUUUUCUGAUCGAAUAGUUGAACCGCUUUGUAUUGAUCGACCCGAAUUAUUUGUGUUACAUCAUGCGUUAUCUCUUAAACAGUUGCAUUUAUUCUGUCGUGUUUUCUAUCUGGUUCUAUAAAUUACCUGUCCUUAAUUUAGAAUGUGAUGAUUUUGUUGAAUAUAUUUAUUUUUUGCUUAUUAUUACAAAUAUGAAAUAAAUUAUUACACAUAUU